CUUGCCUUUCCAGUACUGACCUGAACUUGUCUGUAUUCGUCCCAAGCUAUCCCCUCGAUCACGUUCAACAAGUUUGUCUUGUCCCGUCGGCUGUCCCAUCCGAGGGAUAUCCGGCAUCCUCUGCAGGGGGAUGAGAGACCGACGCGACUUGAGUAGCAAUAGCUACUGCAGCGUCUCCGAACCCAAAGCCGUUGGAGAUGGCAGCAUCAUACCCGCAGAUCAACGGGUAGAUGAAGAAGGCAAUUCUCGGCUGGUUGCCAAGAUGGGCUGGGGCCAGACAUCAACUGUCUGGCUUUCAGAGGACACGGACAUCCAGGCCCCAGUCCGCCAGAAGUUCCGCGCUGUCAAGAUAUACAACAACGGUCACGCCGCAGCAACCGCCACGAAGGAGAUUAGGGUUCUCAAGCACAUGCGCAGCCGGAUGAGUCAUGGCAAGCAGCACCCCGGGGCACAGCAUAUCGUGGCUGGUCUCGCCUCUUUUGGGACCGAACGACUCAACGGGUGUAGGCAUUUGUGCUUGGUCAUGGAGCCAAUGCGCGAGCCGCUCAUGAUCUUCCGCAAACGCCUUGCCAUGGCAAAUUCCAGAAGUCUCCAUCCGACGAACGUAAAGCUUAUGAAGAAUAUAUUGAGACAGAUUCUUUCGGGUCUCGAUUAUCUACACAGCGAGUGCGGCAUCGUGCAUACUGACAUCAAAGCCGACAACAUUCUCCUGACGUGCGAGGAUGUCGGCGUGCUUGAGCGGUUUGCCAGGGCGGUGAAAGAUCGGCCUUUGCCGCGCAAGGUAUAUCCUGACCACACCGUGUACAAGUCGUUUCGUUCCGUCGGCGGGCUCUGUGAGUCGUUAGUGGGCAAUAUGGUGGCCAAGAUAUCCGACUUUGGCCUCUCUCACGUCUACCAGCAGGGAGCCAUCAUGACGAUGCCCAUUCAGCCAGGCGCGUAUCGCGCACCCGAGGUGAUUCUUGGUGCAGGAUGGUCGUGCAGCGCCGACAUGUGGAACCUGGCUGUCAUGACCUGGGAUCUCUUCGCAGACACCAGCCUGUUCACCGUCUUGAUCCCCAAGCCAAACGGUGCUCCAGGAGGCUAUUAUUCUGCGGCGACGCAUCUCGCCCAGAUGACGGAAAUCCUCGGCCCUGCACCCGACUCGCUCAUCUCGCGGUCCGAGGCCUUGGCGCUGUGCCCGUUCCCAGAGCCGCUGGGGCAUCCACUGACAGGCAAGUCUUGUAUGACGACGAGAGAGUUUUUCGACGGUCCAUUCUACCACUCCUUCUCGGAGCUCAGUCAGUGGAAACACACCUUCGCCGUGAGAGCAUGGCGCCCCAUCAUUGACGAGAUCCCAGAGUGUCUCGCGGGCGACGAGGCCGCAUUUCUGUUCUUCAUGGAUAGGAUUCUGCGCUGGGCGCCCGAAGAGAGGGCAACGGCAGGGGCGUUGCUGGCGGAUCCUUGGUUGGGCCCGAUGCAGUUCAGCGACCUGACGUGGAAUUUGGUUCCGAUAUCGUAGUCGUCGUGGGGCCACUGUUGAGUUGACUAUUGGAUUUGAGAGGUAUGAGUACGGCCACACGGCGUGGCCCUCAAGAUUGUGAAGGAGGUAACAUCUAAUAGUGCAAUGAUUUUCCAAGUGGGACGUUUUGGUGAUAGGCAGGAAGGAACUGACUGACAUAGAAGGCAAGUGCUAUCCAAGGGGAGUAUCAGGUGGCACCAAGCGGCAGAAAAGCAAACAAGUCGCAAACAAGUCACAGAAGCAGCGACAACCUUUUCUAACAUGUCAUCAAAAGGAAGCCCUCCCGGUAUUUGUAGCAAUUUAUUGGCAUUUCCCCUCG